ACGUUUUUAAACGGAGCGAUAUCUAAUAUAGCUGCGGCUUAUACUAAUGGUAUUGACUUAACAAAUAGACUAGUUAGCAUGCCAAAUACUCACAGAGGUUUGUACUUAGCCAUGAGACAAGUAUCUUAUUCUCUAAACCCAGCAUUGCAACAAUAUAUUCUUGAGAAUCCAAUGCUAACUAAUGUACCAGCUAUAAAUAACUCAAGAUUACAAGGACAAGACAAAUGGCAUUAA